AAAGGGAGGGAACUCGUCCAAAAAUGUCUCGACCAAUCAAAGGCAGCAGAGACCAGUCCAUUCAUCAUAUGUACGAUAAUACGGCCUUCACUAUUAGUUAUCCUUUCAUUGAAAACGGUGAUGGCAGUAGUGAGAGCCACACGCGACAGGAUCUAGAGCUUGAAAACGUGACCGGACAAUCAUGGCAGGGUUCUUCUGCCCCACCCACGGGCUCUGACGGGAGGGGCAAGGCACGGUAUCUUGAUGGAAAUAACAAAAAUGAUAAACUUAGGGAAAACGCGUCCUCUUUCAACAGUGGUUACAUAGCUCCAGAGGAGGAGAGUCGUUUAGAUAGAAAACCUGACCCCCGGGAUUCUAUCACCCCCGGGUCGACCUUACAGAGCAACAUGUCUCUCAGUACUCCAUUCCUGACCCCUAACGGGAGGGACGGGAUGAAUGAAAAACCUGCUGAUUCUCAGGAGGAUUUGGAAAAGAAUGCAAAGUUAGAGAGCGAUGUACCUGAACGAGAAACAUGGGGAAAAAAGGUGGAUUUUCUACUAUCUGUGAUCGGAUUCGCCGUGGACUUGGGAAAUGUAUGGAGGUUCCCAUAUAUAUGUUAUAAAAACGGCGGAGGUGCGUUCCUUAUUCCGUACAUAAUCAUGCUGGUGUUCCUUGGUAUUCCUCUAUUCUAUAUGGAGUUGGCCCUCGGUCAAUAUCAGAAAUGUGGCGCGAUCAACGUAUGGCAAAGGAUAUGUCCCAUGUUUACAGGUGUUGGUUACGGGAUCUGCUUCGUGGCUACCUUUGUGGGUAUGUACUACAAUACGAUAAUAGCGUACGCGCUGUACUACCUGGUGAUGUCGUUCCGGGCCGAGGUUCCCUGGACACACUGUGGGAACGAAUGGAACACUCCACAUUGCGUCUCCGUAGUGGACGGUUACAACAAAUCACAAGUAACCAACGACACUAUGCUGGCCGCCUCCGAGUACUAUCUAUUUAAAGUUCUUGAGAUCCAGAAAUCUAACGGCGUAGAAAAUGUGGGACCGCCAAAGUGGGACCUUUUGUUGUGUUUGGUUGGGGUUUUCGUGGUCGUCUACUUCUGUUUGUGGAAGGGUAUUAAGUCCUCAGGGAAGGCUGUCUGGGUUACGGCGACCUUGCCAUAUAUAGUCCUAUUAAUCCUCCUGGUACGAGGAUGCACCCUUCCCGGCGCCGCGAAUGGAAUCUUAUACUAUCUCCGACCUCAGUGGCAUCGCCUCAAUGAUGUGAAUGUGUGGUUAGACGCUGCCACACAAGUAUUCUUCUCCUUGGGGCCAGGCUUCGGCACGUUGUUAGCUUUGUCCAGUUACAACAAAUUCAACAACAACUGCUAUCUAGACGCCAUGGUAACAAGUGUGAUAAAUUGUCUCACGAGCUUUUUGGCGGGAUUCGUUGUGUUUUCUGUGCUCGGCUAUAUGGCAUUGCUUCAGGGACGGGAUAUUGACAAGGUCGCCGUCGAAGGACCUGGCCUCGUUUUCGUAGUUUACCCUGAAGCCAUAGCGUCAUUAGACGCGUCCAUAUUUUGGUCAAUCAUAUUCUUUCUGAUGUUGAUAACACUUGGAUUGGACAGUACGUUUGGAGGGUUGGAGGCGGUGAUCACAGCUGUCUGUGAUAACUUUGGUGUCCUCAGAAACAAACGGGAGCUGUUCGUCCUGACCCUUGUUAUAUACUGUUUCCUUGGUGCUAUAUCUACCACCACAUACGGGGGCCAGUUUGUCAUCAAUCUCCUAGAUCGCCAUGCAGCCCCCAUAUCCCUCAUCUUCAUCUGUUUUUGUGAGGCUAUCGCCGUGAGCUGGUUUUACGGCGUACAGAGAUUCUCAAACGAUAUUAAAAGUAUGGUUGGAUUUGAGCCGGGGAUUUUCUGGAAAGUGUGCUGGGUUGCAAUAUGUCCUAUUAGUUUGUUGUUGUUGUUUGUGUUGUCAAUAUGGGCGUAUUCAGGAAUACAACUAGACGGCUACACGUAUCCUGAUUGGUCAGUCGCUGUCGGUUGGUGCAUCACGUGUUCAUCUCUCAUUUGCAUACCAUUGUAUAUUGUUUUUGACAUUUUGACUACCAAGGGGACUCUAAAACAGAAACUUGUGAGAUUAUUGAAGCCAGCGUCAGUCCCUGCCCACGUCCAAGGUGCUAACGGAUACGCGGGACAUGAUACGUAUGAGGUUUACCCUAUACGUAACUCCAAUACGCAAGUUGAAGCAAUCCAUGCUAACUCUCUUCCAUACAUUACAAACAUUCAGAUGAAAGGGGCCCAAACACAAGACAGCACUGAGAUAUGUUGAUGGAUUCGAGGAAAAGUGUAAAUUAUCAUUAUUGUAUAUUGAAGAAACGUUGCUGAAACUGUCUCCAGUUCUUUCGUUCUUAAAAACAUCCAGGUCAUAAACAUUACAUGUUGUCAUCAGACAUUCUGCUUCAUGAGCUAUAUAUCAAUAGAGGAAAGUUUAGACGAACCAUACCACGAACGAGGAUACUUAUCAGAUUGUAGAUUAAUGUUAUUUGUGAACUUUGAACUGCAACGCAAUCCUGCAAAAAUGUAAUAUUCAAAUUAGUUCUGACAACAACAGACGAAGUGUUGUUUUGUUCUAACAACAGAUGAUUUAUUUUCUAGAUCUGAUUAAACCUGCUGUAGACAGGAUGUGCCGUACGGUGUACUCUGUUUUACUUCCCCCUCGUUGUGCCGUUAACUGUGUGUGUUGUAUAUCUAAAAAAUUGCACAGUGUGCUACACAUAGCAUUUAAAAACAAUGAUCCUGUAGACAACGGAAGUGCUAAAAAUAUGUUAACAAAGGCACUUUUCUAUAUUUGAUAUAAAAUAUGGUAGAGGCAGCUUUCAUCAUUAAAAUUCGACAUAGCAGUUU